GCUUACUGAGGAUCUCAGGCGGCUGUACGUGGAGAAACGACACAGCGUUUGGUCGCGCGCUGUUUCUUUCUGGCUUCACGCGCUCUCGGUUCUACGGCGGUGGGAGCGUCUCGCGCGGCUCGGAAAGCGGGGGAAUACAACCAACAAAUAAAUACACAAGCAAAAUAACAAACAACGUCACCGUGAUUUGGACUGAGUGCCUUUUUACCACAGAGAUGAGUUGGGGAACCGAUCUUUGGGACCAGUUCGAGAACCUCGACAAGCACACGCAAUGGGGCAUGGACUUCCUGGAGCGCUAUGCAAAGUUUGUGAAGGAAAGGCUGGAGAUAGAGCAAAACUAUGCAAAACAAUUGCGGAACCUGGUGAAGAAAUACUGCCCGAAGCGCUCCAAAGAUGAUGAGCCCAGGUUUACGUCAUGCCUGUCAUUCUACUCCAUUUUGAACGAGCUGAAUGACUACGCGGGUCAGCGAGAGGUCGUUGCUGAGGAGAUGGGCCACAGGGUGUACGGUGAGCUGCUGAGGUAUUCGCAGGAACUGAAAUGCGAGAGGAAACAGCACCUCCAGGAAGGACGGAAGACCCAGCAGUAUUUGGACCAAUGCUGGAAACAGAUGGACAAUAGCAAGAAGAAGUUUGAGCGAGAGUGCAGAGAAGCGGAGAAAUCCCAGAUGCUUUUUGAGAGAUUAGACAACGACAUCAAUGCCACAAAGUCAGAGGUGGAGAAGGCCAAGUCCCAGCUGUAUAUGAGAACCCACAUGGCAGAUGAGAGUAAAAAUGAGUAUGCAGCUCAGCUGCAGAACUUUAACGCAGAACAGUGGAAGCACUUCCAUGUGGCCAUCCCGCAGAUAUUCAAGAAUCUACAGGACAUGGAUGAGCGGCGUACAGUGAAACUGGGAGAGACAUACCGGAGCUUUGCGGAGGUGGAGAGGAAAGUCAUCCCGAUCAUUUCAAAGUGUUUAGAGGGCAUGGUGACCGCUGCCAAAAAUGUUGAUGAACGCAAGGACUCAUUAAUUGUGGUGGAGUCGUUUAAAUCCGGGUUCGAGCCACCAACUGAUUUUCCAUUCGAGGACUUUAGUCAGAACAUCCAGCGCACAGGGUCAGACGGCACUAUUGGUACUCCCAAAAAUGACCCAGGCAAACCUGACCCCAAACACUCGAUCGGAAAAGCCAAAAACAAACUCUGGUUGUUUGGGAAAAAGCCCAAGUUUCCCCCUCCUGCUCCUCCCCCACCCAUUCCUGGUGUCCUUUCUGCCCAUUUUCAGUCUUCUAAAUUUCCCACUGAGAAAAUAGUAUACUGUUUCAAUGAAAUGAGAAGCGUUACGUCCAGGAUGUCAACAUUCCGGGGUCUAAAGAGAGGGGCUCCAAACCUCGAGGAUCUUAGCCACCUGCCUCCGGAACAGAGACGCAAGAAACUUCAACAGAGGAUUGACGAGCUCAGCAGAGAACUGCAGAAAGAAAUGGACCAAAGAGAUGCAUUAAAUAAAAUGAAGGAUGUCUAUGAGAAGAAUCCUCAGAUGGGUGACCCAGGGAGUCUCCAGCCCAAGAUCUCGGAGACCAUAUGCAACAUGGAGAAGCUACGGUCUGAGAUACACAAAAAUGAGACAUGGCUGGCAGAAGUGGAGGGAAAACAGACCUCGCGUAGCGAACGGCGACCCAGUUCAGAUGUCAACCAUCACGCACCUCAUGGCAGAGAGAGUCCUGAGGGCAGCUACACAGAUGAUCCCAAUCAGGAACACCGCGCACCUCCCCAACCCGAACACGAGCAUGAGUUUGACGACGAAUUUGAAGACGACGAUCCCCUUCCUGCAGUUGGCCACUGCAAAGCACUCUACUCAUUUGAUGGCACUAAUGAGGGCACGUUGGUGAUGAAGGAGGACGAGGUGCUCUACGUUAUCGAGGAAGACAAAGGUGAUGGCUGGACACGGGUUCGUAAGCAGAGCGGUGAGGAGGGUUACGUCCCCACGUCCUACGUGGAGAUCACGCUGGAGAAGCACAGCAAAGGUGCGGUCACCUACAUUUGAGCUCAUCCGGUCACCCAGCCGUGCUCGUCAUGUUGACUCUUGGCAUUUGCAGCUCCACAGCCUGCGUCAUACCCUGUUCACUGUGUGAGCUCAUGGACAAAAACAUAAAUACACACACACACACACACACACACACACACACACACACACACACACACACACAUACUGGGGAAAGUCACCCUGACUAUGUUUACUUCUCUGGCAGGCUACUCUCUUUUUCACAUUUCAGAUUUUAUGUCUUAUUAAGUGUUUUUGGUUUCUGAUUUAGAAGUUUGCCACUCGGAUUAUUAGCUUUGUUCAGCAUUUCAUUAUUAAUAGACACAUUUUUCAUAUUACUGAAAUGCAGGUGCUGUCUUGCCAUCUAUGAUUUAGAAAGAUCUGCGCUAUACCAAUGUUAGUCUCCACUAAGGCCCUCAGUUCUCUCUUGUCCUGUGUUGUUUAAGUGACGGUGCUCUCUCUCCUCUCUCUGUGGCUACAGGUUCCUGAGUGGAUGAGUGGGGCUCUGUGGUGUUGGUGGAAGGGACAUGCUGCUCUUGGGCUAUUAGUAGGUAGUGCAGGGGGUUUCAGCUGAAAGAGACAGGAACAGGGAGAAGCAAGCAGAUUGCAUGUUUGCAUGCUGAGUCUCAUUUCCAUUAACAUCAUUUUGAAUUAGCGGAAACUUGUGACAUAGACGUGUAGAAGAGGGGAAAGGGAUGGGGGAAUAGUUCUGGUGGGCAUAUAAAGUAAAGAAUCAUUUGCAUGGUAGAAUGAGUAGAAAACCCAAAGGCUGAUCUAACCUGAUGCAUUUAUUCUAGACUGUGCCUGACCCUAACAAUUUCGCCUUGUUGCACUCCAUUCCAGCGCUGUCAUAGGAACGUUUUCCUGCGUCAUCCCUUUUGCUUGCCUUAACAUGCACGACAUGAACAUGUCAUUCCUUCUCUCAUGGCUGACCUGUCAGCACCUGGUAGUAUGAAAAUGUAACCACUUCUAAUUCUUCCCUCACCCCAUUUCUGUGAUGUCUUGUUUCAUAUCAUUAUUGCAUUUCCCCCCUAUUUUUGACUAUCCAUCUACAGUAAUGCAUCCAUCAUGAAUGCUAAGAAUAGCAUGAAUGAACCAGAGUAGACACAAUACUGGACCACAGCAGCCCUAUUACCAAUCCCCAACAUGAUUAUGACAGUUCUCAGUGUCUGCUGUGGAUCAAAAUACCGCCUUGGACCAGUAGAGGGUGACACACCAUCAUACAAACGGACCCCCCCCCAAGCCUCGAUCUGUGAGAAAUGCAGUGAACACUCCAACACUUCCUUACAGCCAAUCCGAACACUUUUAGCUCUCGUACCAUGCUUAAAGAGCUCGUUUCUUUCAAUAAGCAUCCACAUUAUACAAACGUGUGUCUGCAUUAUCCUUCUGUGUGUAUGUUUGUGAAAUGUCAUGCAUAUAUUAAAACAUGUAUGCAUAUGAAUAUAUGUAUGCAUAUGUAUAUACCUAGUUAGUUUUUAUUACUGAUUUGUACGUUUUAACAACUUUUAUUUCAUACUGAAUGUGUUUUUACCACAAUGUCUUUUUAUAGAGUUUUUUAAUCGUGAAUGAUUUUCGCUUUUUUCAACUCUGUACUGUUUUCUCUUUGUAAUCAGUGCUUCUUUUAAAGUCUGAACACUAUUUGGCAUAGGACCCUGGUCUUAACCAAUGCACUUUUUACCCUGUUUAAUUUAGAAUUGAUUUAAGUGAGUGAAUGAAUGAUGUUGGCUAUGACUGCUACUUUUUGUAUAAAUAUAUUGUACAGUAAGAGAACAGUGACCACUAUCUACUGGGGUGUUUGAUCAAGAGUGAGAGCAAAUAGGAAAUAAAUGCUAAAGUCCCUUUGUGUCA